UGGAAAAAAGAUCUAUGGUACAAAGUCCCUUCUUCUGGCGGUUUGAAGGCCUGUUGGCACCGCGAGCUUGGAAGUGUUCCUCCUGUUUUUGGGUUUUUUUGGAGAACGUAGGAGUGUGUCCACUGGAAUCUUUCAUAUGAGACAAUCUGCUGAUGCUGGAUUGCACCAAGAAAUUUUUAAUUCAUUGAGAGCACUUUGCAAGGAAGUUUCUUGUACUGUUUUGGGAUACGCUGUCCUAGCUGGCGUCCAGGUUCACAUGACCAGAGCACUCUGAGGGGCGAGUAGCAGACGGGGCAGAGGUCAGCAGGGGUUAACGGCAGCACGGCGCUGAAUGUCUGUGAUAGCUUCAUGGGCCUGAAGGACCAUCUGGAGGAUGGAACAGGCCACAUCCUUGACCUGGGGCUGGAUCUGGACUACCUCCACGUGAAGGCUGUAGACCGGCAGGCCGGUGCCGAUGCCGGUCCCAGGAUGGACGGGGGCUCGUCGGAUGCUGGCGAGGAUUCAGCUCCCUGUCCUAGAAGGCUCAUUUCCUCCUCCCAAGGUGACUCAGAAGAAAGCGCCGGGUCUGAUAAUGAGGUGGAGCGGGGCUGUAGUCUCUCCCCGAGAGAUGCUCUGAGCGAAGGAUCAGCCCGAGCUGUUCACCCACCCCUCUGCCGAUCACCAUGUCUGGAUCUGGAUUUGCCGGGGCCUCCUGAUGCAACGCCAGAUGAACCUGGCCCUGUUGACACACUCAGGGAGUACCAGACCAAGCUGGAGUUUGCUCUGAAGUUAGGCUACGCCGAAGACUUGGUCCGGCUGGUAUUGAGCAAGCUCGGGCCGGAUGCACUGAUCAACGAUAUUCUUGGGGAGCUGGUGAAACUUGGCAGCAAGUCUGAGAGUGAUGGCAGCACCCAGACCUCAUCCAUGUCCACUUCUUCUUCCUUAGCAUCAUCUGGUUCUUCGUCAUCUUCUGCAUGCAGCUUUUCAGAAUCAACAGAUUCACGGAGGUCUGAAUCCCCAUCUCAGGCAGUCCUGGAUGAUAAGGAUAACCUGCGGCCCAUAGUUGUGGAUGGAAGCAAUGUAGCCAUGAGCCACGGCAACAAAGAGGUGUUCUCCUGCCAAGGCAUUCAGCUUGCAGUGGAUUGGUUCCUUGAACGUGGCCACAAAGACAUCACAGUGUUUGUACCUGCCUGGCGGAAAGAACAGUCCCGUCCUGAUGCUCUCAUCACAGACCAAGAGAUUCUGAGGCGGCUGGAGAAAGACAAGAUUUUGGUUUUCACGCCGUCCCGCCGGGUCCAGGGCCGCAGGGUAGUAUGCUAUGAUGACCGAUUCAUCGUCAAACUAGCUUAUGAAUCGGAUGGCAUCAUUGUCUCCAAUGACAAUUACAGGGACUUAGCUGUGGAGAAACCUGAAUGGAAGAAGUUUAUUGAUGAAAGGCUUCUCAUGUACUCAUUUGUCAAUGACAAAUUCAUGCCACCUGAUGAUCCCCUGGGUCGCCAUGGCCCAAGUCUAGAGAACUUUCUAAGAAAAAGGCCCAUCAUCCCAGAACACAAGAAGCAGCCUUGUCCUUAUGGAAAAAAGUGUACUUACGGGCACAAGUGCAAGUUCUACCACCCUGAGCGUGGCACACAGCCCCAGCGGGCAGUGGCUGAUGAGCUCCGUGCCAGUGCGAAGACGUCUGCAGCCAAAGGCAUGUCAGAAACAGGCCUGGUGAAAAGCCACAGCGUUCCCGGAGGCUCCCGCAAUGAUAAAGCUAGUGAGGGAAAACGUUCACACCCAAAGAGGCAGUCAGAUCCAAGCGUCCGCACUCUGUCUUACAGUGAUGUAGAGGACAAGCUGAGCUCCAAAACCAAAGCAGACCCUCACAAGAGCAGCCUGACUCUGGCCCCUGCGCCUGGCGGACCCCCUUCUUGUCACAGUUAUUUGCAAGACCCACAAGAACACCCCACAUGUCCCUCCAAAAGCCAUGUUGCACCAGCUUUCCCGCAAACAGAGUCCUAUCCUACCUGUGAGUCUCCAGAUCACAGUUACUAUUCCAUGGUCCGUGCCUACUCUGGCCUCGGCCUAUCGUCCCAGCGAAGCCCGGAGCGGCACUUCCACCUGCCGGAUGUGGACCCACGGAUCAGCUCAAUAGCAUCGGACUGCAGCAGUGAGGGCAGCGCCAGUUCUGACUCAUACGGCACUGCAGCCCACAGUGAGCGCUCCUGCAUGAGCUCUCCUGACUCUGGACUGCUAGAUGAUGGGCUCAAGUGUCAUCACCUCCACCACCAGCACCAGCACCACCACCAAUACCAACAUCGCAGGCAGUAUCCGUUGCCUGGCAUCUUACCUCCACCCCCCCACCACCACCAGAGCCGGGUGCUGUCCCCGGCCCCUUCAACUCACCCCAGCUACCCCCAUCACAGUGUAGCCCGGAUUCACAGCUUAGCACAAGACGACCAACAGCCGGACCCCCACUUCAAGCACUCCAUAUCCUACAUGGGCCCUCAAGUCCAACAUCAGACGAUUGGUGCAAGAUCAAGCUGUCCUGGAGAAUACCCUCCUCUGGCACACCCUCAGAGCUCCCCUCUGGGCCGAGGCCUGGCAUCCACCCGCCUGGAUAGUGUGUCUGACUCCAGGCUCUAUGAGCACUCACCUCUACCACCUAGGAAGGCCUACUUAGGACAGGAACGAAUGGCCAGCUGGGAUCCGUACUACCGGCAACCCCCACAGCCUUGCUACGAGCCCUUUACCUUCCAGAGCCUUCCGGAAAACCGUGAGCAAACAUGGCGGGCGCCCUGGGGAAGGGCUGCCCUUCCUCCUCCUCCUCAUCCAUCCCACAGUCCACAUCCCCCGCCCCACCAACAGCACCAGGAGCCUCCUGCAGUCAGCCGCUACCAGGAGGUGCGUGAGAAGGUGUUUGUAAACCUGUGUAACAUCUUCCCCACCGAGCUGGUGCGGCUGAUCAUGGGGCGGUACCCACACGUGACCGAUGCCCAGCAGCUGGCGGCUGCUAUCUUAGCUGAGAAAAGUCAGGUGGGCUAUUGAAGGCCCACAAAUAGAUCUUGUUCUGCAGACUGAGGUUUUCUGAGGAAUACGGAGGUGUCUACAGGGGAUGAUCCAGGCCAUGUUAAGUUAUACAGUGCUUCCGUUUAAUGGUUACCCGAGAUGGAAACCUGUAAACACGGCCAGAGUAAGGACAAGCCAUCUCAUACUUGGGUUCCUCGUUUGACUCUCUUGAGGUCACAAGUUUUAUCUGGCAGUGGAACCAGAACCGCUGUAGUAGCAAUUUGUCUACCUGAGGUGUGAAUGUGUGGCAGUGUAUGUGGCAUUAUUUAUUUUAGUCUAUAUAUUUUCUGCAAGGUUUUGCUUUAUGUUGCUAGUUAUGUUCAGGUGAGCUUGUACUGAUUCACAGGGCACUUUUUUCCAUUGCUGUUUAUCAAAUUCUACGAUUUGAUAACUUAUGGCAAUCAGACAAGAACUGAUGGAAGGCCAGAUUAUUUAUAGUGGAUAGCAGAUACUGGGGUGAUAUAGCACAUACCUACAAGGAAUCCAAAUCAAACGUCAGCAGAGGGCAGGACCCUGUCUGCUUUUCCAGUGGGAAGGAAUAUGAGUUUGUACGUUCUAAGAGAAUAAAUCUGUACGAAUUUAUUUUAAACACUCAGAACACCUCCAGAUUUUGUCCCACAUUUCUCUGACCUUUCACUGUCUUUGUGACAUACUGCCUACUCUCACUUGAAAAGUUUCAUUUUCUUUUUGUGUUCUUUAAAAUCGCCAUCCCGGUGACCAACUUCUAUUUGAAUCACGAAGGACUGGUUCUUUGGGGAUAAGCACGAGUAGCAAGUAUUAUUUUGUUAGUUGUGUUAAAUUAUUAUGAUUUGCUGUUUCUUCUUUUUUUCUUUAAGCUUUUGCCAUUUUGUUCGGUUACAGAGUGGAUGUCUGAUCAUGUGCUUGUUUGUGUGUAUGGGUACUUGGGUGGAAAGUUUCCAUAUCAAUUUUACAUUGUAUUGUCAGUGUUAUAAGAGUUAUAAGUCAAUGGCGGAGUUUCCCAAAAGGAAUGUAUUUCAAGACGCAAAGGGUUUUGCCUUUAUUGACCAUGCUGAGCCGCAAAAUUCAACAUCAGUGGUUGUUCUGCUGAAUGCCUUCUUAGUUGGUUUGCAGGGUUCUUGACCUGACGAUGCUUUUGGGAAACUCAGGCAUGGUCCGACUAUAGCCACAGGUGUAGUGUAGUUGAGACAGUUGCCCUGGCGCUGCCUCUGUACCUUAGUUUUAGUAAGGGACGUCUCUGGCUUCACAUAAUGGGCGCAUGCUACGUUCAUUUUAUUACUGUCCUCUAUCCAAUUGGGUGAAACGCUCUUUGCAACACUGUACGUUCUGGAUCUCCCCGUCCAGGUCUUUAGAAAUCUUUACCUUCGUUACCUUUUCCUGACGUGACCCGUGGUAGCCAGAGAAUACCUGUCCUUGUUGAUACAAAUUGUAUCUUUUUUAACUUAAAAUCAGAGACGUUUAUAUACAUAUAAUCUAUGGAAAAAAUAUAUUCACACACAAUUAUGUACAGUAGGUAGUACUUGUGUAAUUUAAGAGAUAUUUUUGGCAACAUUUUAUCAUUACAACUCAAGGAGAGCCGUUGAAGUUUCUUUUUGUGGGCAACAAAGAGCAUAAAAUGCAUCUUUUAAAAGGAAGGAGGGUAUUACUAUAAUAAAGAUAUUUGCUAAGUAUUUUAUUUAUUUAUUUUCUUUGGAAGCAAAAAGUUAUUUAUGGUCUAUUACCUAGAAUUUGAAAUUGGGUUAUUUGGGGUAUGAACUUAGAAUUUUGCAAAAUGAUUAGGUUUACAUUUUGAAUGAAUUUGUAUUCUAUUGGUACUAUCCUGGGCUGUUUUCCAAAAAUUCUUUGUAGCACGAUUAUAUGGUAAAGCAAGUUUUUUGCAGUAAUGCUCGUUAAUUCAUAUGACAGGUUGCUGUGCUGCGUCACUUUUGGAAAGCCCAGCUCUGAUUAUCUAAAAAAAACAAAAAAAACCCACAUCAUUACAGAUUUGGCCAUAGAAGAGUGAUCUGACAGACCUGUUGUUUAACAUAUCCAUAAACUAUAGAAACUAAGAUACGUGAUGCAUUUGAGGACUGUGGUUAAGAAAGGCUACACAAUGAAACGACUGAGGUAAAAUGCUGCCUAAAAUAUGUUUGUUAGGAGCACCUUUAUUUUGAAAAAAAAAAGAAGAGCCUUCCCUCUCGCCAGGUGGCACCGUGUGCCAUCGUUGGCAGUGGCGUGGGUAUAGAGUAAAUGCCUCUACAUGGCAUUGUGCUUAAGACACAUCUGAAUAAUCUGAACCAUGUUCAGCUUACGAGUUUUCAGGGCCAGCUUUAUAGCAGGAUGUUCCUAAUACCAGCGUAUUUGCAGAAACAUAACGGUACGGCUUCUACCUGAGCACGUUGUUACGUGGGCAAAAUAAAUGUAAAAUUUUUUUGUGCAAAUACUCAUUCUUUAGGGACACCUUAUGUAAAGUGGCACCAGUUUUCAUAUAUAAAUAUAUAUAUAAAACGAGUUGUUUCUCAUCGUGACGUACUGUGUCAAAACUUCAAUGGACUUGCUGUGAGUAACGUUGCUGUGUUGGUGUCAUGCCUUCUCCUUUAUAAGUGUUUCAGCUUGCCUUGUUAAACUGCCUCACAAUGUUGUGGUGAAAUUGUACAUAGGCUAAUUACCCAAACCCGCUACUGCAAUACGUAUUGAUCUAAGGAAUGAUGCAUACAGCUGUACUACUGCUGAACUUUCUUCCAUGUAGUUGUUUUGGGACUUCUUGGUCACAUUUCUUGAUUCAUGGUAUAUGUAGGCUUUAUGCUUAAGGACCAAAGUAAGCAGUGAUCUAGUUAACAUUAGAAUUUGAAAGGCCCAAUGAUAGUGCAUUUGUUGGUCAAAGCAGAUAGUCAUUUUGAGAUUAUUUAAUUUUUUUUUUUUUUUUUAACCAGAGGAAAUUAUGAUGUGGUAAAAGAAAAGAACUUGUUUUGGAUCAUUAUUGUUGGAUCAGGUCAAGUUACAGAACUUAGUGUUGCCGCAUAUCCUGGAGUCCAAAUGUGUAUUUUUAUCGAAAUAAAAAAAAAUAUGAAGAUGUCACCAAAUUUUAAGUUUGAGUUUUGAAAUGGA